AUGGCUCUGUGCUGGUGUAGUACCAUGACAAUGAUGUCAGGCGCAUACAAGCAACCACAGAAAGGAAAGGGGAUGGGGGUGGGGAUGGGAAUGGGGAAGGGGAAGGGGAAGGGGAAGGGGAAGGCCCAGACAAAGCAAAGGCAGAGCAGAGGCAGUGAUGGCAUUGGGUUCGGGGGCAAAAGAAACGAUCCUACAUGGCAGUGCAUCCAGGGUUGUGGAGCCUGCUGCAAGCUUGACAAGGGUCCUGCCUUCGCCACCCCUGAAGAAAUCUUCGACGACCCUUCUGAUGUCAAGCUUUAUAGAAGCAUGGUAGGCCCCGAUGGGUGGUGUAUACACUAUGAGAAAAGCACACGAACAUGCUCCAUUUAUUCUGAUCGUCCAUAUUUUUGUCGUGUGGAGCCAAAUGUUUUCCAAACAUUGUAUGGAAUUGGCAAGAAGAGAUUCAACAAAGAGGCAUGCAGUUUCUGUGAAGAUACCAUCAAGGCAAUUUAUGGCUCUCAUUCACAAGAGUUGGAUAAUUUUGUUCAUGCAGUACGGAGCACAGAUUCUAGUUAAACUAUUUGGUUUGCCCUGUUAUGAAUGCUCAAGGUUCUGAGCAGAUUCUAUUGCAUCUGAGGUAUAAUGCAUAAACUUGAUUGCAAAUAAUCUUGAUAACUAUUGUCCUGUGCUGUGAAGCAGGAGAAUGAAAGAUUGUAAUUACGAUGUGGCCACAAGCACAGAAGCAGUUAAAUCCACAUUUUAAAGAUGGGUUAUUUGGUCCUUAGCAAUCUAAAAGUAGUCUUCCUUAUUGAUAGAAAUGUAAUUGAGGAUGCAUUACCCCUGUCAAUAAAUAUCUUUCACCUGAAUAACAGGUUGAUGGGUUGCAGUGAAUCCAAAGUUGAAGCAACUGCUUGUAUUUGCACUUUUUCUUUACCAUCUGAGAGCAUCUUAUGACUUCUGUGCUUCUUUGAACUUUGUGUAGAGAUGCUCGGAAUUAUGACCCUUUUAGUUUCCAGUAAAUGCCCCAAAGAGGCUGGUAUUGACUUUUGUUGGUUAA